AAUUUAAAGUGUAUUACUUUUCACCCAACUGUUGUAGUUAAUGUGUUGAGAAAAAUUGUGGACUUGAGAGGGAUUGCAGUGUUAGUGUUUAGUGAUCAGUGAUUAGGAUUUAUGACUUUUUUAUUUUUGUGUUAAUCUGAUCGACAAUUUCGGAUUAAUAAAAACUGGCACACCGAAUACGAUGACUGUGUCAUUAAAACUUUUCACCUUUGGGAUAUUAACCGGACUGAUUUGGACGGAGAUACGGUGUGAUGCUCCACUUUCCGAUUCGGCGUCUUUACCUUUAGAGCAUAGAGGUGUGUAUGGGCCCCCUUUAUCAGGUCCGGGGUAUGCGCCACCGGCGAUAUUACAAGGCGGUGGAGGAGGAUCCUCGGAUGAUCCUUGGCCUCUAGCAACUCCUGACAUGCCUCAAAUAAAACAUUUACAAGUGCAGUGUGAAAAGACACAUAUGCGUGUCAACAUUGAAUUUGAUCGUCCGUUUUACGGAAUGAUUUUUUCGAAAGGAUUUUACAGUGACCCACACUGUGUUCACCUCAAACCAGGCACUGGACAUUUGAGUGCAACGUUCGAAAUAUUUCUAAACAGUUGUGGGAUGUCCUCAUCCGCAAAUCACAAUGCGGGUAAUUAUGGAGGUCCAACACCUAGUGGUAGUUACGUGGAAAACACCAUUAUUAUCCAAUAUGAUCCUUAUGUACAAGAAGUGUGGGAUCAAGCUCGCAAACUACGUUGCACUUGGUACGAUUUUUACGAAAAGGCGGUCACGUUCCGACCAUUCCAAGUGGACAUGUUGCAUGCGGUCACAGCUAACUUCUUAGGUGAUAAUUUGCAAUGUUGGAUGCAAAUCCAAGUUGGAAAAGGACCUUGGGCUUCGGAAGUCUCCGGAAUCGUCAAAAUCGGCCAAACAAUGACUAUGGUUUUAGCCAUCAAAGAUGAUGAAAACAAAUUUGACAUGUUAGUACGCAACUGUGUGGCUCAUGAUGGAAAACGAGCCCCUAUUCAAUUAGUCGACCAAUACGGAUGCGUUGUGAGACCGAAAAUUAUGAGCAAAUUCCAGAAAAUUAAGAACUUCGGACCAUCGGCUUCCGUUGUGUCAUUUGCAUAUUUCCAAGCUUUCAAAUUCCCCGAUUCCAUGAAUGUACAUUUCCAAUGUGUCAUCCAAGUCUGUCGAUACAAUUGUCCUGAGCCCAAAUGCGGAAAUCACGGUCUAAGUCUGAGCAGUGAAUAUGGACCUCCUCCACUAGGAAAUUCUCUUGGUAGUGGAGACUUCGGUGGUCACGGCGGUAACAUUAACGCCGAAUACGCUUCUCAGUCUCUUUCCGAAUACGGCGUUCCUCCGGCAUUUCCAGACCCUAGACACCCCUCAGGUCCAACUGGCGCUUACUCUGAUAACAAUCCUGAUGUUGUACCUGCACCACAGUCUCAAAUCUCAUCAUCUUCAACAUCAAAUCCACCAAACUUGUCAUCACCAGCUCCGCAAAUUUCCGCACAAAGUAGCAGUGAUAUUCAUUUGCCACCUCCACCGCCUCCGGGACACCACGGAGUGUACAACACAGUGAAACGAAAAAGUAGUGUUCCUGAAGAGUUUGAAGGAAAUUUAGCAACUCUCGGAGGAAGGCCCCGGUCUGUUGAAAACAUUCCGGCCGAAUUGCAAGGUGCAAGAAAAAGACGCAGUCUUGAAUCUAUAAACAUUGUUGUUAACCAUGUUUAUAAACGAGAAGCUCAAGAAAUGACUGACGUUAAUACUAGUCGAACGAUUCAAGUAGUCGCCCCCGGUGAUGUCAAUUUCGCACUAAACCCAUCACAAAGUAACGAAACUGUAGUCAUUCAAUCGGCUUCGUCGUCAGACCCAGAGACAAUUUGUAUGUCUGUUCCAAGCUUUGUAGCUGGAUUAGUUAUGCUUCUUUUGGUACUAAUUGUUGCUAGUUUAGUAGCUGCAUUUUUAUUUGUUCGCGUUCGGGCUAUUGAUCGAAAAGGCAUAGCAACGGUCUUUGCAGGAGCUCGGGCAUAUGAUAACGCCGAGUUUGUGAAAGUGGCUAAUUGACAAUCUAUAUAACAAAUCAGCAAAGGUACAUUCCGAAGAUUCCAAAGAUGUUCAGGUCAAUCCAGUGAUUGUGCGUAUGAAUCUACCGGCCAAUGUGCGGUCAUUUUUUCACCCUUCCCUCUCACCCCCUUUCUCGAACUGUUUUCAACAUGACGUUUCUUUAUCAUUUAAAGAUAUUUCGUUAAUUAUUUAUUAUCUCAUUAAACACUUGUGCUCACAAGCGGCGCUUGACGCCGUUGUCAGCAUGACCUAAUGUUUGUUAUUAUUUAUAUAAUACUUAGGUUAUUUUUUUAUUAAGUACUUAGGUUUUGUCAUUUAUAAACCAGAAUAAGUGUAAUUUAACACUGUAUAAUGUACUACUUGAGAGUAUGAUUGUAAGAUAUUUGUUUGAAAAACAUAUUAAUUAUUUAUUAAUAUUUCUAAGUUUAUUUUGCUCAUGUUAGAGCAACUGUUUCCACUGCCCCAGACAUACUACAUCAACAGGUGCAGAAACUAGUCUUGUAGUUAGAACAUAGUCUUCAUGUAAAUACAUAUUUGUAUCAAAAUACUCAGAAUAAAAGUAAACAAAUUUAAUUAUUCAAAAUGAAAUUUUUAGAUUCAUAUAAAAAUCAAAUUAAGACAUCAUGACACCCACAUUUUAAAACUACAAAUGCUUAAAGUAACAUUUAACACCAUUUAAAUGUAAAGGUUUGUUAAAAAAUGUAAAUAUAGGUUCUUUAUCGCAAAAAGAAAACAUUUCUUUUUAAUUAAAACCACAAAAAAAAGAGAAAUGAUUUUCAAGGACAGGGACAAAUUAAAUGUGGCCGCUGAAUUCUACUUUUUAAUAGAAAAAUAUUUAUUUUAGUACUAGAUAUAAAAUAUUGUAUGUAUUGAUGAGGACUCAUAAAAACAAUUUCAAACUAAAA